UCAUCUUGUCCACAUGUCCCACACAGCAAAAUCCUAAUAAUUACGCAGAACAAUCCCGCAGAGCGUAGUGGCAAGGCCGCUAAUACCGGACCUUCACUCCGACAAUACCACAAUCUCAUCACUCCUAUGGCGUCCAACACACUUCCACGGGGCGGCGUCCACCAUCCCGCUCUCUCAUCCCGUGCUCAUGCCCCGACACAAAGCGCGAAUAUAAGACCUGCACAAGCCCAAAACGUCCACAUCCCACACACUUCCACGUCUCAAUCUAGCAUUCCUCCGAAGAGAGCUGUCGACGCACUGUUGCCUACUUGUACGAUUGGUCGUCCGUUGACUGAGACACAAGUCGUCAACUUGAGUGAUAUGGCUGGGAGCUUGAGGGAAGUCAUGCUUCUUGCGAUGAGAGCGAAGAUGGAUGGUAGUGUUAUGACGGAGUUGGAGGGGGCGCUUGGGGAGGCGGCUGCACAGGGGGUUGUGCAAUUCUUUGAGAACGAGUUUGAGUUUUGA